AGGAGCCGCGAGGGGCGGCGGGCGGAGCGCAGGCCGGGCUGGUUCCGCUGCCCCGCCGCAGCCCGGCCCGGAUCCCACCCGGCGCCGCUGCCCCCGGCCAUCCGCUCUCCGACCCCGGCAGCGCCCCCCGGGAGCGAAGCGGGGCCGGGCUCUCCUCAGCCCGCCAGGGCGGGGCUUGUUCGUCGUCCCCGAUCGUGGCGGAGAGGCCCUUACGUGUUGCCAUGGCCGAGGGGGCCGCGGCGGCCCCGGCGUGCUUCAGCGAGGAUGAUUUUUACUGCCCGGUGUGCCAGGAGGUGUUCAAAACGCCCGUGAGGACCGCCAACUGCCAGCACGUGUUUUGCAGGAAGUGCUUCUUGACAGCUAUAAGAGAAAGUGGAACACAUUGUCCUCUCUGCCGAGGGAGCGUGACUAAAAAAGAAAGAACGUAUCCCAAAAGGGCUCUAGAUGUUGAAAACAGUAUGAAGAAAGCUUCUGGGGGCUGUAGAUGCUGUGAGAAGCAGGUUAGAUUUUCAUGGAUGAGACAGCAUUAUAAAACGUGUAAGAAGUAUCAGGAUGAAUAUGGUGUUUCUUCAAUUAUGCCAAAAUUACAGAUUUCCCAAGAUGCAACAGGGAACAGUAGCAGGAAUGAUGCAAUAUCUGACACUGGCGAGAUGGCUAAUAAUCAAAUACGUCAAGGAGAAACAAGUGGACACCCAACUUUCAAAUGCCCCCUGUGUCAGGAAGCCAAUUUUACCAGACAGCGCUUGCUGGAUCACUGUAAUAAUAGACAUCUUUAUCAGAUCGUUCCUGUGAUCUGUCCUAUUUGUGUAUCUCUUCCAUGGGCAGAUACUAACCAGGUUACUAGAAAUCUUGUUAGCCAUCUAAAUCUAAGACACCGAUUUGACUACGGAGAAUUUGUGAAUCUUCAGCUUGAUGAAGAAGCCCAAUACCAAAAUGCAGUUCAAGAAUCCUGCCAUGUGAACUUUUAAAGUAGAACCCCCUUCAUCUUCAUACUGAUUAUCUGAGAGAAAAAUGACUUUAUUCUGUUGGAGAUCCAAAGGGUAUAUUAAUAAAAAUGUUUAGUACCCUCUUUUCGGGCUAAGCUUCUUUUCACACUCAUAAGGACUUCUGAUUUUGCUGAAACUCAGGCUUGACAUCUUGACUGAGUUCUGCCCCUGUGAAAUUAGGGACAUUUUUGGAACUUCUCACUCUUGUCUUGAUUUUCUCUAACUUUUACUACUCUGUUAAUUACAUGUUCAUUUGAUUAAUGUAGGAUGUUUUGAUUCACCAAAACCAACUUUGAAAGUAUCUUUAGAAAGACAUGCAAUGAUGCUCUGUUGCACUGUUGGGUUUCUUCAAGUUCAGCUGUCUUCUAAGGUAUCUUGUUAGAUAAUUUAUUUUUUUCCUCUUCCUGACAAAGACAGGCAUUUGUCAUACCAAGGACUAAUUUUAUUUUGUUGUUGUGAUUUGUUUUUUACUAUUGCUAUGUGACAGAAAAUAACAACAGCUUAAAAUAUUAAAAGAUUUCUAUAGAUCAACAAUGCAGAGCAGGACUUUUUUCACCUUUCAUUGAGAAAGAAUGAUGCCAUUGCCUAGGAAUAACUAAAUCUAUUUUUUCAUCUUUGGGAAUAACUAAAAUAGGAUGCUUGCUUACUAAUAUGAUGAGAUAUAUUCUCUGUACUCCUAAGGAAGAUUACAUAUUUUCUGAGCAAUUCAAGAUGACAUGCAAAAGGUGUACUUUUUUGGCCUAUGCCUGUGACCAGAUCUUGCUGGAGCUUUUUAAGAACUUCUAGUUUUGCAUUUGGAAUUGAAGUUUUGGUCUGUCCUGUCUUUCACAGAAGUCUGUGUUGCUAAAUAACUAAACCAGUUUCACACUACAAAAACUUUUUAUUUUUGUAAAGCUGUUUAAAACUUGUACAUCUCCUGCAUCUGAAGGCUUCAAAAAACUGUUGAGAAGAAAACACUUACUUUAAAAUAGUGACCAACAUAUUUUAAGAGUUCCUGUUCUAGAUUUCCACCUUCCCAGCAAGAACAUAAUUAAAUUUGGAGAAAAUAGUAAUAAUGCAAUUUUGAAAUUAAAUGGAAAAUCCAGUCAUAAAAACUUUAGGAUCUUUUAUAUAAUACUAAAAGGGAGAAGGGGAGAGAAGGCUGCACUGUCGCUGUCAAGGCAGGACGGGAAUGAAGAGACUCUGACCAGAAGGCUGCUGAGAGUAAAACUCCGGUUUAUUCAAAAUACACUGCUCUUUUAUACAGAGCUUCGAGAGGACCAAGUCCAUUGGUCCUGAAAUGAAAACAAUCCACAGCAUUGGUGCAGAGUGCUUGACGCACAGUGAUAGGACUUAACUAUAAACAAUGUGAGUAACAAGAAAGAAUUAUUUACAUUCUUCUCCAACUCUUUUCCAGGCUUCUGCCUGGCUAGAAACUCUCAUUUCUCUUUUUGAAUGAGUCUGAGACCCACACUGCACAGCAUACAUUUUGGAGUUUUAAAUAGUGUGCUGAACAUACACCUGUUAGGACUGACUGCAUUCUGUGUUUCCAUCACCCCUUGUCAAGUUAUUGUUAUUCAUGAGCAUUGCAUAUGUGGUGGAAAACAUCCCCAGUAAUUUUUUUGUCUAGAUGGUGAUUUAUAUGUUGUAGUAUCAGUUGUGCAGCCAAAGUACAGUCUACUGCUUGUGGCCUGCCUCCCUUUUUCUUUCCAAACAGAGGUUUUGAUUCUUCUUUAAAUGCUGAAAUAUCUUGUGUUCCAAAAGUGAUAAUGUUGAAAUGCCUCAUUUUACAAUGUAAUGUGUUUCAGAACUGAAACUUCUAUUUUAUUGAGUGUUGGAACUAACCCACUAUGCAUUUUAUCUUGCCUUUUCUAUCUUAAAUUUUUUUCUAGUGUAAAACAUUACUGAAGGCAUUGCUGGCUAAAAUUCAGAGAAAGUUGUCUAUUUCAGAAAUAACUAUUUCAAAAACCUUGUCUGAAGCUUACGUCUUUUUUAUAAUUACAUUUUUUGCAUUUCGUUACUAUUUCACUACAGUAUUUUGACAGCAGACCACACUUGGAACUUGUAUUCCAAUUUCCUUUUUUGCUCCCAUAUAUGUCUGUAUAUUCUCACUUGUCUGUCAGCUCUGGUGCUUGUAUGACCACAUACUGUUUUGGAGUGGUUCACUGAGCCAACAGAAAAAAAAAAAGUAAAUUUUUACUUUUGCUCAGUAAAGCCAUCUAUUAAACAGUGCCCUUUUACAGAAAAGAAUGUCAAGAUACCUGAUGAUGAAGUUUUACCUUUUUAAAAUAAAACCACAUACUAUAGUGAUUUAUUACUGCAUACAUUUCCUAAGGAGUUUAACAAUUAGAUGUAAGUCUAGUUAACUUUUUUAGAUUCAACAAAAUGUUUAUAUGAUCUGGCAAUAAAUGCCUACAGCCAAUACAGAUUCUGAAUCCUCAUGGACGCUGGAACUAGUUAUUUCUAUUACUUGAAUAUGUCUUGGGAAUUGCGAGUGAAAUUACAUCUGUUUUAAAACUCUGGGAAACAAUUUUUUCUAUAGCAAUAAUUAGUUGUCUCUUGAUGCAUAGUUGCUGAGAAUUUUAGUCAUGUUUAAAUGUUGAGAGACUUGAAUACACAUUUUAAAGCAACAAGUGUGUAUUAAUGCAAUAUAAAAAAAACUUUCAAAAUGUUUAUCCUCUUUAUUUAAAAUCUGUAUUGGCAGGUGCUGCCUUGCUUAAGAUUUUGUACUUUUUCAUAUUAAGAGAUUGCAUCCAAUACAUUCACUAGGUUAAUGUUUAAUGAAAAAUUAUUUGAAUAUGUUGCUGCUGGUCAUAAUCUUUCUCACUGAAACUCAGACAUGCGCAAAAAGCUGUGUAUUUGUGAUGGGUGAUGCCCAAAACCCGAAAUUUUUACUAGAAGAUUGCUUCUUAACAAUGUUUUCAUGUUCAUGUUGCAUUAUGUAUAGUUUCAGUGUGUUAUGUUUGAAUUGUACCUUCUGGGUUUUUUCCUGUUAAAGUAUUUUAUUUUCUAUUUGUCUUUUUGUUGCAUAAUAAAGAUGAUCAAUUCCCUUGGUGCUA